GGAUAAAUAGAGGCCGAUUUUGGGGUAAAACGCACAUGGGUCAAUUGAUACCUCAAUGAUAGUGAGUUCGGGUUAACUGGGGGAUAAAAUAGAAGGAGAAGGUAUUUGAUAUAAAAGCGCACAAAAGCUUUGCUGCACAUGACUUUAUGCCUUAGGCAUCGAGAAGCCGACACCCUAAGCAAUAUAUGAACCGAUUAGAUAGCUAGUUAGCUCGGAGUGUAGCACUGUGCAAUAUACUAUAAUAUAUCAGUGGGUGACUGUGUGUCACUUACACCAAUUGUCCUUAACAAGAAGGGGAUGGAAGAUACUUUGGGUCGAGCGAGUCCGGAAAUCAGGGCUUUUAUUGAGAAGAUGUCAGGGCGCCUUGUUUCAGAGAGACUGAAGGCAAAGACCAGCGCUUAUUCUUCCGUACAUUGUUCUCAGAAGCAGUUCUCAAAAUCAGUAUACCCAGGUCCUGAGAACGAUCAACUAUAUAAGGCCAAUAUUCCUCAUAAACAUUGGAAGAAGGGACAUUGCCCCAUUUGUGAUAAAUGCAAAGCCUCUGGUGAUGAUGUGUGCGAAGAGGUGCUGAAGGCGUCUUGUACUGAAUUAGGCUGCAAUGAGGAGACACGACUGAUUCAACGUGACCGUCUUCAGCAGGUAGUAGGGAUGCCAUUGACUGCUCAAAUUCAAGAAGCACGAAAUCCCUACAUCCACUUUGGCCGAAUGGCAUCCAGCAACCAGGUGAUGAAGAGCGGGCAGGAUCGGAAUGUGAUCGCUGCAGAAGAAGGAGUGAUUGGAUUUGACAUGGAGAGUGCAGGAACUUGGGAUUAUGUUCCCACGAUUGUGAUAAAAACUGUGUGCGAUUACGCUGACAGCCACAAAGAUAAGCAGUGGCAACCAUACGCUGCAAUUACGGCGGCUGCAUGUACGAAGGCUGUAUUAGAAGAGUGGAGGAGUAGAGAUAAGCCUGUUCGACGUCCGAUAAACCAGAAACAUUUAGGUUCCAAAUCAAAUCCUGUACACUGGGCAAUACCUAGCUCUACUAACACUAUAUUUACCGGACGGGAUCGCAUCCUUCGCGAGCUGGAAAACGUUGUUUGUGAUGCGGUAAGAAUUCUCGGUACAAUCAUCACUCGAUUGUCAUUUCCGGCGUUGGCGGCCAGGGCAAGAGUGAAAUCUGCUUCGAACUGGCGCAGCGUGUUCGUCAAUCACGAAGCCGACAAUCUCGAAAUUGGCUAUCAGCAAUAUUUCCCGGCGAGUAUAUCGGGUGUGGUGAUAUUAACAUCUCGCAAUGGCGACCAUCAGCAGUACACCACCUCGAAGUGCAUUCAUCUUCCAGGAUUGGAAGAUGCUGAGGCUUGUGAGCUACUACUCAAAGCCGCCGAUGUACCUUCUGGUCGUGGUCAGGCACUCAGAAAUGAUGCCUCUAUCGUUUCAAACAUUCUAGGAUCACACCCACUUGCAUUGAUCCAAGCUGGGAUGUAUAUUUCGCGCGGUCAUUGCACAUUGAAAGACUUUCCAGAAGCAUUUAACCAGCAACAGAGGCGAAUCCUUACAUUUCAGCUAUCUCCAGUACAGUCACGGUAUAGAGAUGUAUAUACGACGUUUGAGGCUUCAGCCAAUAUUCUCCAGUCGUUAGGCACACAAUCUGCCAAUGACGCGCUGGAUUUAUUGUCAGUCCUGGCCUUGUGCGAUGCAAAUUAUCUUCCUUUGGCGAAAUUUUUUGAAGCGGCGUAUAAAGGUGCUCAAGUAUACAAGGAACGUAGCGAAGAUGACCUGACUUGGUUGACACGGGAGAACGGGCCCCCAUUGACGCACUGGGACUUUACUUGGUUGAAGAAAAGGGGCUUGACUCCAUUGGCGCGGGACAAUAAUACAGCUCCAAGAUAUCUCUUAUCAAUCGUUGAAAGUUGGCAUUCGCAUUGGGACUCGUUUCGGCUUAUCGAAGCGAUCCACCUUCUUAAAAAGUUCUCAUUCGUGUUGACUGAUACUAACGAAGGUUUUUUAGGUGUCUCGAUUCACCCUUUGGUUCUUACUUGGGCGAGAAGCCACGUCCAUGCGGAGAAGCUUGUCGACAAAGUUUCUGUUCGGAUUUUGCAACACAACGGUAAUGUCAAGGCAGCAAUAUCUGAGCUAGAACAGGUGGUCAGGAUCCAGAAGCAGUCACGGGGUGAAGAUAGUGAAUCUAAACUGGUGGAGUUGCUGCAGGAACUGGCUAUAUGUUACUCUUACUUUGCCCUUGAAGCCCUUGAAGCUGCUCCAGUGCCAUACGCUAGUUGCAAGGAGGACCACUAUAAGAAUGAAGCAAUACAAAUCAUGCGUCAAGUCGUCGAAAUCGAGCGGCGUAUACUAGGUGAGAAACACGAAGCUCUGAAGAUCUCACAGGAUUGGUAUGAAACUAUUAUGGGCGAACCAGACUUCUCCUAG